AUAUGCCUACACAGGAGGAUCCUCAUCAUCUCAUCUUUUCUUUUGAGGUCAUGAAACGCGUACGCACAGAACAGAUUCAGAUGGCAGUGUCCUGCUACCUCAAGCGCCGUCAGUAUGUGGACUCGGAAGGUCCCCUAAAACAAGGGCUGAGGCUGUGUCAGACUGCUGAAGAGAUGGCAGCUAAUCUCACAGUUCAGUCUGAAUCUGGUUGUGCCAAUGUUGUGUCUGCAGCUCCCUGCCUGGCGGAGCCACAGCAAUAUGAAGUACAAUUUGGACGAUUACGCAAUUUUCUCACAGAUUCAGAUUCUCAGCACAGCCAUGAAGUGAUGCCUCUUCUGUAUCCCCUCUUUGUCUACCUCCAUCUGAACAUGGUCCAGAAUGGCCUAAAAAGCACAGUGGACAGUUUUUACAGCCGCUUCCAUGGCAUGUUCUUGCAGAAUGCCAGCCAGAAGGAUAUCAUUGAGCAGUUGCAAACUACCAUGACUAUUCAAGAUAUCCUGUCCAACUUGAAGCUCCGGGCUUUUCUGGACAACAAGUAUGUCAUCCGCCUUCAAGAGGACAGCUACAACUACCUUCUUCGCUACCUCCAAAGUGACAACAACAACGCCCUGUGCAAAGUCCUGACCUUGCACAUUCACCUGGAUGUGCAGCCCGCCAAGAGGACUGACUACCAGCUCUACGCUGGUGGGAGCUCCUCGCGCAACGAGAGCAACGGCCUGGAACCCAGCGACGUGCCAGCUUCCAUUCUGCAGAACGAGGCGGCGCUGGAUUUACUGCAGGACAGCAUUAAACGUGUCAAGGACGGGCCCCCUUCCUUAACGACCAUCUGUUUCUAUGCCUUCUAUAACACGGAGCAGUUGCUGAACACUGCAGAGAUUUCACCAAAUAGCAAGCUGCUCGCUGCUGGGUUCGAUAAUUCAUGUGUGAAGCUGUGGAGCCUGCGUUCCAGGAAGUUAAAAUCUGAGCCCCACCUCGUUGAUGUGUCCCGCAUCCGCCUGGCUUGUGACAUCCUGGAUGAGGAGGAGGAAGAGGAUGACAGCGCAGGCACAGAAAUGAAGAUCCUGAGAGGACACUGUGGACCUGUGUAUAGCACAAGGUUCCUUUCAGACAGUUCAGGACUCUUAUCUUGUUCUGAGGACAUGUCCAUCAGAUAUUGGGACCUCGGAAGUUUUACAAACACUGUGUUGUACCAAGGACAUGCCUAUCCUGUCUGGGAUUUGGAUAUUAGUCCCUGCAGCCUGUACUUUGCCAGUGGUUCCCAUGAUCGCACUGCAAGGCUCUGGUCAUUUGAUCGGACGUAUCCGCUGCGAAUAUAUGCGGGCCAUUUGGCGGAUGUAGACUGCGUCAAGUUCCACCCCAAUUCCAACUACUUAGCGACGGGCUCCACGGACAAAACUGUGCGCUUGUGGAGCACUCAGCAAGGCAACUCGGUGCGUCUUUUCACCGGGCAUCGUGGUCCCGUGCUAGCGCUUGCGUUUUCUCCCAACGGUAAGUACCUGGCAUCAGCAGGCGAAGACCAGCGGCUAAAGCUGUGGGACUUGGCAUCAGGAACUCUUUACAAAGAACUGAGGGGGCACACGGACAACAUAACCAGCCUUACUUUUAGCCCCGACAGUAGUUUAAUUGCUUCGGCGUCGAUGGACAAUUCAGUCCGGGUCUGGGACAUUCGGAACACUUACUGCAAUGCCCCUGCAGAUGGGUCUUCCAGUGAACUCGUUGGUGUAUAUACCGGACAAAUGAAUAAUGUACUGAGCGUACAGUUUAUGGCCUGUAAUCUUCUUCUAGUGACUGGAAUUGCACAAGAAAAUCAGGAACAUUAAUUUUUUUUUUUUUCUUAGGGAAGUGGGUGGGUGUAUUGAAUGCCAGAGUCCGUUGCAAGCUGAGAUUACUGACUGUGAAACACUUUUCUUCCUCUGCCCCCUUGAAAAGCAUGUUCAAAGUGAUGCAAAUGCUUUAAAAUGUCUUGCCUACAAAAAGGCCUGUGCAGUUAAACAGAAUAAGGAAAAAAGGAGGAGUGAUGAAAAUACAUAUACAUUCUAAUCUUGUAGGGAUGGGGAAAAGGGGAGGAAAUCCAGUAGCUUGGGGAAACUGAAAGCCUGGUCCAGACAAGUGAAACCACCAACCAGAUAAGCUGCUGACCUGCACUUAAAUAUCCUGCAUUGAUUGAUGGGCACAUCUUACCUACUGUUAAUUGAGGCUUGAGAGUGUGGAGAACUACUGGCCCAGUGUUUUUUUGUUUUGUUUUCUUUUUGUUUUCCUGGUAUUGCAGAGGACCAGCAUUUUAAGACCCUUAUAUUAAAAGAACAUUAUGUAUUUUCUACAGUGAUAGUGGUCCUAAAUAUUACAGCUCCCUAUAGCACUUCUGGAAUAUUUUGGACUAGCUAAGUAGAAAAUACCGUCUUUC